GUCUGACAUUCCUUGUUUGAACGCGUAAAAGGAAAACCAACACACCCCUAAAAAGUAGGAAUACAAAAAUACACCGUAGUGAGCAGUAUAUUUGAGAAGGCGCCCAAAAGCCAGUGUCACUCAAUUUCAACUGCGAAAGAGCUUUUCGGCGAUGACCAUUUGAUCCUAUGGAAAAAAAAUCUUUGUUUUCACUGUCAAUGAACCUUCGUCCCAGGCAAAGUCUACCAUUCUCUGGCUUUACACAAGCUGAGAUUGAGAAAAUGGAAAACUUACUUAAACAAUCAGGAGAACAAGUUUUUGACCAAGAAUUCUGCAUGAAAUUGGCUGGGGUUUUCAGCCACUCUAAAGGUCGUGCAGGAAAACCGAUCGUGGAAUGGACUGAGGUCCAAACUUGGUUCCAGGACAGGCAGAAGAGCUGUCUCUCAAAGGAUAAUUCAGCAGAGGCCAACAGGAAGCUGCCUGAUGUGACAGAAGAAUGUGCUUUAGACGAAGAAAAUCAAAGAUUUCAUAUGCCUGAAGGUAUAAAGAUUCCAGAUCUGUCAGACUUAAAAUUUGAGGCUAGGUCUUCAGUUGACGGCGCAUGGUAUGAUGUUGAUACAUUUUUGUCACACCGGUUUCUUAGCUCAGGAGAACCUGAGGUUCUUCUGAGAUAUGUGGGAUUUGGAUCAGAGGAGGACGAGUGGAUAAAUGUAAGAAAGUCAGUCCGUGAACGAUCUGUAAGUCUUGAAAAUUCAGAAUGUAACAAAGUCCGGGUUGGGGAUCCUGUUUUGUGCUUCCAGGAAGGGAAGGACAACGCUAGAUAUAUUGAAGCUCGUAUUCUAAAAAUUCAAAAGAAAUUUCAUGACAUAAGGGGCUGCAGAUGUCUCUUUGUGAUUCAAUAUGAUCAUGAUAACUCAAAGGAAACUGUUCACUUGAGGAGAUUAUGUUUCCGGCCAAGCAUAUUAGCGCGUCUGUCACAGAUUUAGUUGAGUAUGUUCGUUGCAGCCCACAUAUUUUCCCUUUUGAAGUAGUACAGAUCUUUGACCUUCAUAUCGCCAGCAGGUUUAGAUGCAGCUUAUUUUGCUUUUGGGGCCAUAUUUAAUCUAGAUCAAUAUGCUGAAGGCAUGACUUUGCUGAAAAUCAUAUAGCUAUUAUAUCGUAUAUCUAUGAUCUGGUGUUUGAACAAUUGUAAGUGUCAAAACGUUUCGUGGAACUCUUUCAGGAGCAAUUUCUGCUCAAUGCAAGUUGCGAAAUUCGGAAGAAAUGAUUUUGAGUAUAUAGAAGUGCAUUCAUUCAAAUGUAUAUUGAGUAUUAAGCAGAUGUAAACAUUUCAGUUGAAUGGAUGAUAACGAGCAUACCAGAUACCUGUUGCACUUUUUCUUUUCCCUUACUACUAGGAGCUACUUUUUUGUUCUUCAA